UGUGAGAGAGCAGCUAUGCCUCCACCCUCAGACAUCGUCAAGGUGGCCAUCGAGUGGCCAGGGGCCAACGCCCAACUCAUUGAAAUCGAUCAGAAAAAGCCUCUCUCUUCCAUCAUAAGAGAAGUGUGCGAUGGUUGGUCUCUGUCUGGAUCAGAACAGUUUGCUCUUCGCUAUGCUGAUGGUCCUCAACUCUACAUCACUGAACAGAGCCGUGGGGAGAUCAAGAAUGGUACCAUUCUACGAUUAGCCAUUUCUCCCGCACGUGCGGCACGGCAGCUCCUGGAGAGGAUCCAGUCUCAUGGCAUCGACGCCCGUCUGGAGGCCCUGAAGGAACUGGCCAAGCUGUCGGCCGACCCCACCUUCGCCACCGAGUUCAUCAACAUGGAAGGCAUCGGAACUCUAGCCCGGCUGGUGGAGAGCGGCACACAUUUCGGUGAGAUGCUGGCCUUCACUCUGACUGCGUUCCUGGAGCUGAUGGACCACGGCAUUGUGUCCUGGGACCUGAUCUCCCUGUCCUUCAUUAAACAGAUUGCAGGUUAUGUGAACCAACCGAUGGUGGAUGUCUCCAUUCUCCAGCGUUCACUGGCCAUCCUGGAGAGCAUGGUAUUAAACAGUCACAGCCUGUACCAGCGUGUGGCCCAGGAGAUCACCGUGGGACAGCUCAUCGGACACCUGCAAGUGUCCAAUCAAGAGAUUCAGACCUAUGCCAUCGCACUCAUUAAUGCACUGUUCCUCAAGGCUCCUGAGGACAGACGUCAGGAGGAGCAUACUAACCCACUGGACCAGUGCCUCACUGAGAUGGCCAGCACGUUGGCCCAGAAACACUUGCGUUCUAUCAUCCUAAAUCACAUCAUCCGUGGGAAUCGACCAAUCAAAGCUGAGAUGGCACACCAGCUUUACGUGUUGCAGGUGUUGACCUUUAACCUUUUAGAGGAACGUAUGAUGACGAAAAUGGACCCUACUGAUCAGGCUCAGCGGGACAUCAUUUUUGAACUGCGGAGGAUUGCGUUUGACGGUGAUAAUGACCCCAGUGGCACUGAGAAAAGGAAGGCCAUGUACACUAAGGAUUACAAGAUGCUGGGCUUUACUAACCAUGUCAAUCCAGCCCUGGACUUUACACAGACUCCUCCAGGGAUGUUAGCCCUGGACAACAUGCUGUACCUGGCCAAGCUCCACCAGGACACCUACAUCAGGAUUGUUCUAGAGAACAGCAGUCGCGAGGACAAACAUGAGUGUCCUUUUGGCCGCUGUGCCAUCGAGUUGACGCGCAUGCUGUGUGAGAUACUGCAGGUGGGAGAACUGCCAAAUGAGGGCUGUAAUGACUACCACCCCAUGUUCUUCACACACGACCGCGCCUGGGAGGAGUUUUUCUGUGUCUGUAUCCAGCUCCUCAACAAGACCUGGAAAGAGAUGAGAGCCACUGCAGAGGACUUCAACAAGGUAAUGCAGGUGGUGCGGGAGCAGAUCUGUAGGGCUCUAGCUAUGAAGCCUUCUUCUCUGGAGCAGUUUAAGAGUAAACUGCGCAAUCUGAGUUAUUCUGAGAUUUUGCGUCUCAGACAAUCUGAGAGAAUGAGCCAGGACGACUUCCAGUCUCCUCCAAUCAUUGAACUGCGAGAAAGGAUUCAGCCUGAGAUUCUGGAGCUGAUUAAACAGCAGAGACUGAACCGAUUGUGUGAAGGGAGCUGCUUUCGUAAGCUGGGUAACCGACGGCGACAAGAAAAGUUCUGGUUCUGUCGUCUCUCCCUAAACCAUAAGGUUCUGCAUUAUGGGGACCUGGACGAAACACCACAGGGCGAGGUGCCUUUUGAACUGCUCACAGACAAGAUCCCAGUGUCUGAUAUUAAGUCUGUGGUGACAGGGAAGGACUGUCCACACAUGAAAGAGAAAAGUGCUCUCAAACAGAACAAGGAGGUUCUGGAGCUGGCCUUCUCUAUCCUUUAUGAUCCAGAUGAGGCCCUAAACUUUGUGGCUCCAAACAAAUAUGAGUACUGUAUCUGGACAGAUGGACUGUGUGCCCUGCUGGGGAGAGAGAUGGGAAGUGACCUCACACGCAGCGACCUUGACACUCUCAUUAGCAUGGAGAUGAAGCUCCGCCUUCUUGACCUGGAGAAUAUCACUAUCCCAGAAGCCCCACCCCCAGUGCCAAAGGAGCCCAGCACUUAUAAUUUCACCUACAAUUAUGGCUGA